GCAGCAGCGCACCGAACCGAUCAGUCCGUCUUCCGCCGCAAGAGCCUCGCUUCUGGCCGUCCUGUGGGCUCUUUUUUGGGGGUUGGGUCCAUCGACUGCUCUCAUCCAGCGGAAAGUAAAGGAGCAAAAAGACUGCUUUUCUUUGUUUUUUUCUUUUUUUUUUUCCCCCGAAAAUGGAAUAAAAUGACUUUUUGAUCCAGGAUUCAGAAAACGGAAUAAUUAAAAAAAAAAAAAAAAAAGGAUAUUUAAGUUCCAAUCCAAGUCCGUGCUCUCCGGCCGUGGAGUAAAGAUCCGCUGCGGGACUUGCUGCGCGCGGUGGUGGAUGUGUUCGCCUUGGACCGGAGCCUUGCAGGCGGAUGUAAUGCGCAGAUUCUCCGCGGGACGCUGACCGAACCGGCCGGUGCUGGGUGCGGGAAAAAAAAACAAAAAAAACAAUAAAUCAUGAACAAUUCUUCCGAACUCGAGGAUGGGACUCGCCACAAAAACCAGACGUUCUGCGAGUGCGUGCCCGGCUCCUCGCAGCUCAAACACCGCUGGUCCGACUCCGAAAGUACCAGGGAGACACCGGCCAAGAGGAUGAGCUGCAGCUACCUGCUCUGCACCAUCCUGCUCUUCGUGGCCGUCCUGCUGGCCGUCACCGUGACCGGCACCAUCCUCUUCAUGAACCACAACCAGGCGCCGCCCAUGUCGGACGGCAUCCCGCACAUUUCCACCAACCAGGACGAGGCCAACGCCCUGGUGACGGUGGAGCGGGGCGACGGCUCCCGCAUCAACAUCUUCAUCGAUCCCAACUGCCCCGACUACAGCAGCAACUUUUUGCGCCUGGAGGGGGUGCAGACCUCGCUGCUGCACUCGCUCACCGACCACGACUCGGAUCUGAAGUCGGUGAAGGGCCAGGACCGGGCGCUUCUGGUCAGCCUGGCGGAGGAAGUGGCCAAGCUGUCCGCCCACGCCGGACAGCUGAAGAUGGACUACGAGUCCCUGCGUCGGGGGCAGGGCAGCCUGGGCCAAGACCUCAACACCCUGCAGUCCGAGCAAGGACGCCUCAUACAGCUGCUGUCGGACAGCCAGAUCAACAUGGUGAAGGUGGUCAACUCGGUGAGCGACGCUCUCAACGCCAUGCAGAAGGAGAACGUGGGCCUGAAGGCGCGCACCAAGGCCGACCUGCAGAGGGCGCCGGCGAGGGGCGCCCGCUUCAAAGGCUGCGCCAACGGCUCGCGUCCUCGCGACUGCGGCGACCUGUACGCCAGCGGCCAGCGAGAAGACGGCAUCUACUCGGUGUUUCCCAUCCACCAUCCCGCUGGCUUCCAGGUGUACUGCGACAUGACCACGGACGGCGGUGGCUGGACGGUGAUCCAGCGCCGGGAGAACGGCUCCGUCAACUUCUUCAGGGCCUGGGAGUCCUACCGCGAGGGAUUCGGGAAGAUCACCGGCGAACACUGGCUCGGUCUCAAGCAGAUCCACGCCCUGUCCAUCCAGGGCAACUACGAGCUGCGUAUCGACCUGGAGGACUUUGAGAACGGCACGGCCUACGCCCAGUACGGCACUUUUGGCGUGGGCCUCUUCUCGGUGGACCCGGACGACGACGGCUACCCGCUGACCGUGGGCGACUACUCGGGCAACGCAGGCGACUCCCUCCUGAAGCACAACGGCAUGAAGUUCACCACCAAGGACCGCGACAACGACCACUCGGAGAACAACUGCGCCUCUUUCUACCACGGCGCCUGGUGGUACCGCAACUGCCACACGUCCAACCUGAACGGCCAGUACCUGCGCGGGCAGCACACGUCCUACGCUGACGGCAUCGAGUGGUCCUCGUGGACGGGCUGGCAGUACUCGCUCAAAUUCUCCGAGAUGAAGAUACGGCCCACGCGCGACCCGGAGAGCAAAUGAAAACACAGGAGCGGGAAUUUUUAUUUAAGUUUUUAAAUUCUGCUUUUUUUGCUCCGCCCCUUUUCUUUACGUGGAGCUGCUCGAUCAGCGCAAGAGUCCAUUUAUUAAAUUUUUUUGGGGGACGAAUCCCCAUCCUGUGGCGCAAACCAAUCCGAUCAUCGCGCUCGGACGACCUCUCACUCGCACCAUUUUCCAGAGCU